GACACAGGGGCCCCAUGAUCCCCUAUUGCCCCAUGAGUUGUCAGUCCGCCCCUGGUGCCACCUGUCAGUGUCCAUCAGUGCCACAUCAAUGCCACAUAUCAGUGCCUACCAGUGCACAUCAAUGCCACAUAUCAGUGCCCAUCUGAGCUGCCUUUCAGUGUCACCCAUCAGUGCCAAUCAGUGCCACCUAUCAGUACUGCCAAUCAGUGCCACCUAUCAGUACUGUCAAUCAGUGCCACCUAUCAGUGCCAGUCAGUGCCACCUAUCAGUGUGCAUCAGUGCCGCCUAUCAGUGCCCAUCAGUGCCGCCUAACAGUGCCAGUCAGUGCCACCUAACAGUGCCACAUAUCAGUGCCUCCUGUCAGUGCCAGUCAGUGCCAUAUAUCAGUGCUGCCUUUCAGUGCCCAUCAGUGAUGCCUGUCAAUGCCCAUCAGUGCCACCUACCAGUGCCUCCUCAUCAGUGCCCAUCAGUGCCACCUAUCAGUGUCCAUCAGUGCAGCCUAUCAGUGCCCAUUACUGCAGCCUCAUUAGCGCACAUCAGUGAAGGAGAAAAAUCACUUAUUUACAAAAUUUUAUAACAAAAACUAAGAAAAAAAAUUUUUUUUUUCAAACUUUUCAGUGGUUUUUGGUUUGUUUAAGAAAAAAAAA